CCGCAUCAUCAGUCCGCGUCGGAGAGCCGUCGGCGACGUUCGCUUGCGUCCGAUCCCUCAGAUACGCUGCUGGUUUACGGCGUGCCGUAACACGACACGUUUGGAGGGACCGCCGCUUCUACGCGUGUGCCUGGUGCUCUGUGAACACUGGAUACUGUGCUACUUGUGUUGUGAACAUGUAUACGUGCUGAAUUGUCCAAUUUUCGUCUACCCACUUCUAGGAUUUUGACGACAGCCAGUUCCGGAUCAGCUCAGCCGACAAUCGUGAUGAAAGUUGUCAGUUUACAACUGCCGUCGGGGCCAAGUAUGGAGCGCUUGCCGCUGCCAUUCAGCCCUACCGAGCUGUUGUGGCGGUACCCGCUCCCGUGGGCGCCGCCGCCGCCGUCCCCGCUUGGGGACGCCAAGGCCCAGCUACCCGCGGGACUGCCCCCAGAACCCAGAUUAUGGACGAGAGAAGACGUCGCCGUCUUUCUCAAAUGGUGCGAAAGGGAAUUCGACCUGCCUAACUUCGACAUGGAUCUCUUCCAAAUGAAUGGAAAGGCCCUUUGUCUCUUAACAAAAACUGAUCUAGGAGAGCGCUGCCCGGGUGCCGGUGACGUUCUACAUAACGUGCUACAAAUGCUGGUGCGUGACGCGGCCCUGCUAGGCAGGGUGCCAUCGUCGCCCGUCACGCCAACCGCGCGCGCUAUUACCUACCCACCUUCCCCGCACUCUCACCCCCCCACACCCACAUGGGCGGUGGAUGGUUUCCACCACUUCCAUACCGCAGCCGCCGCAGCCGCUGCACAACCCAAUUCCGUCACCCUAAGUCCUGCUCCAUCCGUUGAUAGCUCAGGAAGCCCUCAACGGGGCGAGCCCGUCACCUAUGCGCCAGCUUACGCGCCUCCCGUUCAGAACUCGGCACAACCUAGCUCUGGAAGCAACCACUCAGAUUCAGAUGAAGAAGGCCAGAUUGCUCCCCCACCACGCUCGCCGAAGGAUGCCCCUCUAACGAGUCCGGCACCGCAGACCCAUGCACCACCACAACAUUCACAUUACCGUGCUCAGCACAGAGAAUUCUUCCCCAGCGAUAUGCCUGAAUCUAAUACCAACGGAAGAUUACUAUGGGACUUCCUCCAGCAGCUUCUAAAUGACCCGACACAGCGCUACACAAAUUACAUCGCUUGGAAAAAUAGAGAGACCGGCGUAUUCAAGAUCGUGGACCCUGCUGGGCUCGCUAAACUGUGGGGCAUUCAGAAGAAUCAUCUUUCGAUGAAUUACGACAAAAUGUCGAGAGCUCUCAGAUAUUACUACCGCGUCAACAUACUGCGGAAAGUGCAGGGCGAACGACACUGUUACCAAUUUCUCCGAAAUCCAACUGAACUAAAGAACAUCAAAAAUAUCUCACUACUGCGGCAACAGAUGAGCCCUACGAGAGUUCCUCCCCAGCCAGUAGUUAAAACAGAAAUGAAAGAAGAGCGUUGUGAAGAUGAGCCCGUCGAUGAAGACAUGCCAACCGACCUGAGCAUGACGGCUUCGACGGAACCCUGGCGGAAACGCGCGCGUGCCGACCCCGCACCCCUCGCGCACGACAAACACCGCAUCAGCGCCCUCAUCGGCGACUCUAUGAUGCUCAAACGAGAAACUGACUACAGCUCCGAACAUUACGCGCUCAAUCUUAUAAGUGAAAAGUGUGAACAAUGAUCGCCGACGACAGUCGGUGCAGAACGCUUACAGUGCGACUGUCUAGUGCAUGUUUGGUUACAAUGAGCUCCACCCACUAAAGUUCUAGUCAAAUUCCUCUCAGGAAGUAAUUGACGUCUUCCUCUAAAGUAAAAUACCAAUUUGAUGAGAUUUUAUUAUAUAAAAAAACAAUCACUGAGAGUAUUUUGACAGAUUUAGCGUGGAGUUAAACAGGGUAUGGACCUUAAAUGCCUUUGUGCCAAGUGGUUUUUAUCUAAUAGUGUCAAUUAACAAAAUAGUUAACGGCAAGAGACGAAGAGUUUAUAUGUGUUGAUGUAAUAGAGACUGUUAUAAUAUUGUGUGCAAUGGACCAUUCAGGAGUUAAGUGUGAUUAUACAGCCAGUGGACUGUUGCCAAAAGUCAAUAUCCUUGUGUGUAUGCGUGUCAUGUUGCUGUUACGCGCUCAUCGAUGCAUUUUUGUAAUUUAAUUAGUUUUACUGUACGUUCAUAACAUGAUUUUGCUAAAACAGAGAGUACUGGCUCAAAGAAAUUCAUCUGUAAAAUGAUCGAAUUGAAAAAUAAUUAUUAAUGCUGUAUAGCAUUACAGUCUUCCAUUGUAUUUUUUGGCAAACCAUUUCAAUUGUAGCAUGUGAAAUAUAAUUGCAUUAUUGUCUACCACAAAUUAGAGCAACUCAAAAAUAUUUGGCAGCAUAUUCAUUUCUAAUUUCUAAUUAUUAUUACAAAUAGAUAACGAAAUAUUAUUGUAACCAUAACAAAAUAUUGUGACAAUAAAAAAAGAACAAUGUAACUCAAACAAAUUGCCUUGAAAUGUUAAAAUCACCCACUGUGAUAAAAAUAAAGUGGUAGAAACAUAGAGUAUGCUAGGGCUUUUACUCAAAGAUUUCCAGCUACAAUUUUCUGUGAUCUCUAUUAUCAAUAUAGGUAAAUGUCAGAGAGUUAAAAAAUAUAGAAUUUGUAAAUAUAAAAUAGGGCAUAUUAUGUAAGUUAGAAUAAGAAACUGACUGUAAACAGAGUGUAUGUAUGAUUUGUGAAACAAAAUGUGGAGCUUUAUCAAAGUACCUAGUAUAUGGAGUAAGUACGACAACUGAGUUUGUAUUUUUACAAUUAUUUCUAUUUUAGUGUGCAUAUAUAUGCAUACUAUAAUUCUCAACUUGUUGUACACAAUAUAAAAUGAUUCAAAUAAAUAUUGUGUCAAAAUUAUUAUAACUUAAAAUAAUAAAUGGAGAUAAUGUUA